AUGACCAUCAACAGAAAAGUUAUCGAACAGAAUCACUACAAUGAGGAUAAUCCACCGCCAUUGCCACCAUUGAGAAAUCCACAAAAAGCACUAGAAUCGGUUCAAGCUAUUCCUAGUCUCAACGAUAGUUCUGUAAACGAACGUGACAAACAGAUCUACAUUUGUUCUACACUAAAAAAUCCAAACAAUCAUAAUACGAACAAUAAUAAUAUUAAUAGUAAUAACAAUAGCAACCCAACUAAUAACCCAAAUAAUGGAGUAAACCAUUAUGGAACUAUGAAGAACAAUGCACAAGCAGUAAAGAACCAAACAACUUUCAACUCGACACCGCCUACUACGACUAAACCACUACCAUCGAUUAUAAAUACACCGUUGCCGGAAAUUCCCAAGCAACAACAGCCGCCAGCACCAGCGAAAGACGAUAUUUACGCUAAACGGAAGCUCAUUGACCACAAUAGUAAAUUCGCCACAUUGAAAGCUAUUCCGUUGCCGAAAAUUGAAGCAUUGGAACUUGAAGCUCAAAAGAAGAAAAUGGCACAGGCGCAACAGUUGAAACAACAGCAACAACAAGAAGCAAACCUCCCCAACGGUAAUCCGAUAUCGGUAGCUAACACACCACUACCACCACCUCCAGCGAUAUCCAUGAACAGCACCAUGACUACGUCUCAGAUCCAGUCACUUCCGUUGCCGCCCCCGCCACCGGAACUGAUAGAAGAGGAUGAGGAUCUGUUGCCUCCUCCGCCGCCACCGGUGAUGAACCACGUGUCGGAUGGUGCCUGUGAGGAUCAAGCCGGCAAGCCCAAAAACGAACCCAAGGAGGCCAUUUACGCUACCAAGGUGAUUACCAACCACAACAGUCAAGCGAUGAGCAACGGUUCCAACAAUGGCGCCGGCACCAAUGGUCAAAAUGGUGGUGUUUUGAGCAACAGCAACCCAACGAAUAGCCCUAAUAAUAGCGAUGAAAGUAGUUUCUAUGCGGUGACUGAGCUGUAG